AUGAAUAAUUAAUCAUUAGCAAAAAGUGCUGUGGAGCGAUUAAACUAAAGUAAUUUCUAAGCCUCAAAACCUUAUGAGUUUGAGAAUAAAUAUUAAUAAGAUCAGAAAGAAUUACCAAAUCCUACAAAAUUUGAUUUAGAUGUUAUGCUUAAAUUUUUGGAUGAAGUUGAUUCAAGUGUCAAAUAGACUCAUGAAUAUAAGAGCAUUAUUCAAAAGUACAAAUUAUCAACAUCUAAAUUUUGUUUAACUAUGGAGUAUAGAUUUGUAUUAAUAUAAUAGAAAUGAUUACCUUAAUAAUUUACCAAAUGAAAAGAAAGUCUAAAUAUAUAGAGAUGUACAGUAUUAAUUAAAUUAAAGAGAUUUCACGUAUAUAUGAUCAUCAAGAAGAAGCAAUUGAAUUGAAGGAUAAAGUACGGAAAAUUAUUACAUAUAAAUUAGAAGAUAUGAGAAGAAAUACAGUAAUUAAUAAUUUAAUAUUAUAAGCGAGAAUCUAAAUGGGGUUUAACAUUGAAUUUAUUACAAUUAUUGUUAAAUAAAAAUAAGGGUAAUAGAGACAUUUUUGAUUUAUUUUAAAAGAAACUAUUGCCACCUGAUGUAAGGUAGUUAGUGUGGAAGAUGUGUCUAGAAAAUAAAUAAAUAAGUGAUGAAUAUAGUCGUCUAUUAGGGAAGGCAAGAAUGUUAACAAUGUCAAGAUUUGAUGUUUAAAUUAUAAAAGACACAGAAUAAAUAGUUAAAUAAAUGACAAAACCAGAUUNCUAUGUAUUGGAGCACUUUUAAAAAAAUAAUGAGCAAUGA